GACGUGUCUGCAGUCACAGGUUUUUUUUUUUUUUUUUUUUACACGUACUCUAGUCCACCCACCGCACACACUCAGACACACACACUCCAGACACAAACACACACACACACAUUUAACCGACGACCGGAGCUUCUGAACUAUUGCGCCUUGGCUCGCCAGUUCGCCAGCAACAUCUCUGUCCUGCACGCGCGCGCGCGUGUGAGUGUGUGUGUACGUGUGAGUGUAUGCGCGCGAGCGGUGUGUGUUUACAGCAUUACAGCUCGUCGAACAGAAUAAUCUGGAAACACCGGCGGAAAAGUCAAACUUGUUCUUCUUCUCGACGUGGGACAAUUUUCUUCCGAGGAUAUUUAUAUAUUUAAGAGCAUUUACAAGAACUCUGUUUUUUUUUUAUAUAUAUAUAUAUAAAUAUAUAUAUAUAUCCGCGUGUGUAUUUUUUUAUAUACACACACACACACAUAUAUAUUUAUUGAUUUAAGAGUAUAAUUUGAGGAGGAAAGAAACCCUACAUUUAUUUCUAAGCCGUUACUUCUACACUUGGGCGAUGGAGCGGAUUACGAGCGCACAGCCUCCUCCACGUCUGGCCAAGCAGAACCCGUUGGACAUGGCUGCCAUGCCGGGCAUGGAGUUCCCUAUGUACGUAUACAAGCCCAGAAGAGGUGCGAAACGCGGCGAGGACACCAAGGACACGUAUAAACUGCCGCAUCGCCUGAUCGAGAAGAAAAGACGUGACAGGAUAAAUGAAUGCAUCGCCCAGCUGAAGGACCUGCUACCAGAGCACCUGAAACUCUCCACGCUGGGCCAUUUGGAAAAGGCCGUGGUGCUGGAGCUGACGUUGAAGCACGUGAAAGCUCUCAACAGCCUGCUGGAGCAGCAGCAGCAGCAAAUCAUAUCCCUGCAGAAUGGAAUGCAGAUCGGUGAUCACAUCAAUGGGAGCUUGGAGAAGAGCGAGGAGAUGUUCCGCUCUGGUUUCCAUUUGUGUGCCAAGGAGGUUUUGCAGUACAUGGCGGACCAGGAGAACGCGCAGGAUCUGACUCCUACGCACAUCUUGAACCAUCUGCACAAGGUGGCCUCCGAGCUGCCGCAGCGGCCGAUCAGCCCGCGGCAGGACGCGCCUUCGCCUGCACGCAAAGUCCAUGAGAUUCGUGAGAAGCCGGUGGUGGUGCCAGCCAGGAUGCCAGAGGGCCACACCAAAAACUGCGUCCCUGUGAUCCAGAGGACUUACCCACAUAGCAGCGAGCAGAGCGGAAGCGACACGGACACGGACAGCGGCUACGGUGGGGAGCUGGACAAAGAGAAGCGUGACUCCAAAGCUCAGCGGCCCGGCUACUACAGCAAAGAGGGCGCCGAAUUGAAAUACGGCAUCAAGGAGGAGUGGGAUGAGCCGCAGGCCAAACGGCAGAGGUCGGACUCUUCUGAGGAUGAGUCUCUGCUGGGUCACGGUGGGUAUGCAAGCUUCUCUUCCCAUCAGCCACCUCUAUGCAUGCCCUUCUACCUCCUCCCUCCUGUGUCGGCGGCCGCUGCUGCCGCGUACCUCCCCGUUCUGGAGAAGUGCUGGUACCCAGGGGGCAUGCCCAUGCUGUACCCCGGCCUCGGGGGUUCCACGCCAGGCUUAUCUCCCGAGAAACACCCCUUGUCGUUCAUCGUGUCGCCCAGAGUAGCGUCCCCUACCACCUCUCAUGCUCAUACAGACUCUCCAGCCCUGCACCAGGCCCUAAAACAAGUGCCCCCCUUACAUCUGGAAACCAAAGACUGAUAACCACGUGGAGUCCCCUUCACCUCCUCUGAAUGCUAAGAGCGGAGGAUACGCUGAUGAAGAUCGUGCCGGCUCCUGCUCUGCUACCGCUGCCCCGCCCUUCCCCCAGUGUUAUUUAAAAAAACAAACAAAACAAAAAAAACAAACAAAAAAGCAAAAAAAAACAAAUUCACAAACGCACACGAACCCAGUGGCCAACUCCCUCCACCACGGCAGUAGACGUACACGCUGGGAGAAAGAGUCCGUGUGUAGACGGGUGCACACCGGCCAUGUCGAGGGAGUGGACAGGAGACGAGGACUAGCGUGUAGCACUUAAGAGUCACUGUGAAGAUGAUAAAUGACACUGAGUUGUCUGGUUUCAGGAAGGAUUGCUCCGCGGGGACCUCUGCUCUCUGCGCUUACGCUGAAUGUUUCAACAAACAAACAAACAAAACCUAAAUCCAGAAUGUGACGUGUGGACAGCCCCUAACAGAUAAACCAUAAGGACUCUGCCCUUUGCACAUAUCUUGUAAGUUUUGAAUGUAAACCAGGAAAAAAAAACAAAAACAAAAAAAAAAACAUUGCUAACGUUUCCCCUGUAGAUGCUGCUUUUUUUUUUCUUCUUCUUUCCAUUCUUCUUGUUCUUCUUCUUUUGUAUUUGUUGACAUUUCUCUGUGCUGCCGAGCAAGGCUUCACACUGUCAGGACUCUCUGGCUGCUUUAAAUAAAGACUAUCCUUCUUUUUUUUUUUUUAGCCUAGAAUGCUACCAAAUAACGGUCUGCUUUAGUUGACCAGAGCUUUCACAAAACGAGACAACGGCGACAGCCUCAUCUCUCCCCCAUCGCUAAGUCAAACCACCGGAUUCCCCCAAACCGAAGCCAUCAAAUGCUCAUACGCACGCAGGUGAGGCUGAUCGACCCUGACGUGGCUCGUUGUGUAAAUAAGGGAGUAAUGUAAUCACAGAUGUGUUUGAUUUUUUUCCUUUUUCAAUUUUCGAGUAUGUAAUUCAUUAUUCAUGCGAGUAGAUGGGGUACUUCUGAGGUAACUACAUUGUAAUUCAUAUGUUUAUAUAGCGUAGUUCGUACAUCUCUAGUUUUUGUUUGUUUGUUUUUGUUUUGUUUUUUUUACACAUGACCCACAGUUUUUUUUUUUUUUUUUUUUUUUUUUUUUUUUUUUUUUUUGUGCUUUGAUUGAGAGAGGAGUUCCAGAUAUCCGUCAGACGUCAUGCACAUUAAACUGUGGAGGUCGUGUCUGCAUCAUGCUCCGUGUCCAUUUCUGGUCAAAUCUAGACAGGUCUCUGCUCAUGCUGUUGCCUUCACUUGCUUAAAAGCAGUAAAAUUAUGACCGAUAUGUACAUAAAAUAAAAUAAAGAAAUAAAUAAAAACAAUUCUGGAUUCUAUGGAAAUGUGAAUGUACAAUGUUUAAACAAUAUACUAGUUUUGUAUAGGAAGAGGUACUUGGGAUUUUUAUUUUGGGACCUAACAGAAGGUUGCUUAAUGUAUAUAUUUUGUCAAAAAAAUUAAUAAAAAAAUGCUGUUGACAUUCAUUAAAAAGUAUUAAUAAAGAUUUUUUUUUUUUCCUGUGGAAUUGC